AUGAUGCGUGACUCGCAUGACAUACUUGACCUGACGUUCAUCAGCAUAAUUACACCCCUGUCGAAUGAAAAAGUGAAAAAGUACUUGGUCUUCCGAUGCCUGUCUCGCAUAUGCGUAUCGUUAAGUAGCGCCUUCUCCCUAAAUGCAAAAAUAUACAUGUAUAAGAAUAAUAGUGAUAAUUUAUUGCUGACCCAAGUGUUAAUAUACAACGAGAUUCUCGUCAAGGUAUUGAAAAUAUGUUGGCUGUACAAGCUGAGAUCGUUUGUUGAUAGUAAUAUAAAAAAGUGUAGACUUUUGUCGACUGUCUUUUACGUUAUUGGCAUAUACUUGGACUUAGUGUCUACUCUGGACUUUUUAAAAAAUUCCUUUUUUUUCCCUUGCUCCUUGUAUGUCCUUUCUUCCACACUUAAGAGCUUAAGCAUCAUGACUUAUGCAUCCAUUCGGUCUGCCACUUACCUUCGUCUGUGUGAAAUUUUGAACAAGCAAAACGAGAGUAUCCCCUCGGUGCUUGACAAUAGUAAUAGCACAAGCAGAGUGAACUCCACAAAUGAUCACUUAAUUACUGAGGAACAAAAUCGGGAACGUACAGAUGGGGUAAAGUCCAAGGAGGAAAAUGUGGCAAUACGCUUGGGGGAAGAUACACAUGUACCUAUUUUUGGUGCAGAGCAGGGAGAUAACACCCCUCGGGUGAGUUUAUCAAAUGGGACACCCCACAGUGAAGGUGGCAACUAUUGCAGCAGUCGAGCUAAUAACCUUGUGAACACCGUGAAGAAGACGUACUUCGUUGGGGAAGUCAGCGUGCUCACCGAUUUACUGGCUUCCCUCGUGGACCUCCUCACCGUUGUGCUUCUCGCAUGGACGACCAAGUACAUAAAGAAGAAAAUUUAUUUUUACUUCCUCCUGUCCUCUCUGCAUUUGUUUUUUUCCUACAAGGAGUUGCAGUGCUUGUUGAAGUAA